AUGGGUUUCCGGCACAGCAUUGAGGAGUAUUUGAAAAACUCAACGCUACAUGGAGCGCGCUUCAUAGUAGACAAGGAUGCCAGCUGGAUAGAGCGCAUAUUUUGGCUGCUUUGCCUAACUGCGUCCUGGUAUGCCUCCUGGCUCUUGAUAAAGGCAUCGCUGGCGGCCUUUGAGAACAAUGCCAUUAGCUUUGUGGUAGAGAGCUCCUAUCGUGAUUGGGACACAAAUUUUCCAGCCAUUAUAGUGUGUGAAUCAAAGAAUAUGGAUCGGAUACAGGAGGUGGCCGAACAGCUUUGGGGCUCCGACCAUGACUUCACGUUGGAGGAAGUGCUCAGCGAGAUUGCCUUCUUUCGCGGCGAGUCCUAUCAUACAGUGCACGAAUGUGGUGGCGAGGAGCCCACAGGCGCUUGUUUCUACUCAAACUUCUCGUUCUAUGCGCAGUUGGUGCGCAGCAGCUGCAAGGACUCUGUUCAGAACUGCAUGUGGAAUAAUAAGCCCUUCGAGUGCUGCAAAUAUUUUCAUCGCAUGGAAACGGAACUGGGCAUCUGCUAUGCCAUUAAUUCGUUGCAAGCGGGUAAAAAUAAGGGAGCCAAAUUGGACAUGACUUCGAAUCGUUAUACCGGUCCAGGUACGUUGAAAAUGGAGCUGCACACAGAGGCUACGGUGUUCAUACUCGGUGUUGAGGAGGUUCCCACUUUAGUGACGCCUAAAACGGACUUCCUAGUGGUCGGCCCAUACAUAUCCUUUGUUCGCUAUAUUGCCAAACGCGAUAUCGAGAACGACGAGGAGAUCCGCCAGACAAGUGUACACCAACGUAAUUGUCGUUUUGCGGAUGAGAACAUAUUGGAUGUGCACAACUAUUAUAGUUAUAGCGCCUGCACGGUGCAGUGCCGCAAGGAUCGGCAAAUGACAUUAUGCAAUUGCUCCAGCCAUUUGUCGCCCAAUACACCCAAUUGGCAGAUGUGCGAUAUGGAUGGCCUGGAGUGCUUGAAUCGCAAUUAUGAGGACUUGUCGGUGAUUAUCGCGAAGUGGUCGAGGGGCCGCAAGGGUCUGGUCUGCGAUUGCUUGCCCUCCUGCACCGAAGUGGACAUAACAACUGUGCAUGACAGCAAGGAUAACAUUAACGGCCAUCAGAACCCCGUAUCAAAGAUUGAGAUCGGGCUCAUUGAUUUACCCACAGAGCGUUAUAAGAGAAAUUUGGUGCGCGGCAAAUUGGAUCUAGUGGUAUCUAUUGGUGGUACUACUGGGCUAUUUGUAGGUGCCAGUCUGCUGAGCUUUGUGGAGAUUAUUUACUACAUGACCAUCCGACCCUAUACGACCUUCAUACAUGACAAGCAUCAAAUUCGACCACAGAGUGCGGAACCCGGCUAUAAUCCAAUUUAAGAUAUAUGUAUAUGCAGUUAUCUGAGUUACAUCCACAAACAAUAUUAUCACACCUAUAUAAGCAUAAAAUUUGUCAUCAGAAAACAGCUGUUGCGAAUUGUUAU